CAUUCAGUUAACAGAUCUAUAUUUUUGGCAAAAGAAAGAGAAUAAGUUCAGCGAAAUAAAAAAUAAACAUUGCACUUUUUGCAAACUAUUGAAAGCAAUUGUUUGAUAAAGAUCAUACCAUAAAAUCAUUUGCGAACAUAUUAUCUAAUUCUACACAAUAUGGAGCAAAUGGAAAUUGAUGGAGAAGGCACGGGAAAUAAAGGAGGAAAUGCCGGCCCAACCGCCUCUAAUGUUAUGGCCGAUCCAAGCACCAUUCCUUCGGUCACUAUUUCUUUGCAUCCUUUGGUUAUAAUGAACAUUUCGGAACACUGGACCCGCAUAAGAGCACAAGUAGGUGAGGUUAGUCAGGUUUAUGGUGCAUUGAUUGGAAAACAGAAGGGGCGAAAUAUUGAGGUGAUGAAUUCUUUUGAAUUGAAGACAGAUGUUGUGGGAGGUGAUGUCUUCAUCAACUGUGAUUAUUAUAUGACAAAAGAGACUCAAUACAAACAGGUUUUCAGUGAAAUGGAUUUUAUUGGCUGGUACACAACUGGAGAAACUCCCACCGAAAAAGAGCUGGCUAUUCAUAAGCAAAUUUCAGAAAUAAACGAAUGUCCCAUUAUGCUGCAACUCAAUCCCUUGUCACGAAAUGUAGAUCAACUUCCGCUCAAACUCUACGAAUCCGUUAUUGAUAUUGUUCGCAGUGAAGCGACCAUGCUUCUUGUGCCUCUUACCUACACCUUGGCCACAGAAGAGGCCGAACGUAUCGGCGUUGAUCAUGUGGCCCGCAUGUCCACAAAUGAUACUGGAGAAAAAUCUUUUGUUGCUGAGCAUUUGGUAGCCCAAGAGAGUGCCAUAAAAAUGCUAAAGACUCGCAUCAAACUAGUUUUGAAAUACAUUAAUGAUGUUGAGGCCGGAAAGUUAUCGGCGAACCAAGAAAUACUGCGAGAAGUUUAUGCCCUCAGUCAUAGGCUUCCCGUGAUGCAGGGUAACGCAUUCAAAGAAGAAUUCUAUACACAAUGCAAUGAUGUUGGCCUUAUUAGUUAUCUCGGUUCGAUGACAAAAGGUUGCAAUGAUAUGAAUCAUUUUGUUAAUAAAUUUAACAUACUAUAUGAUCGCCAAGGCUCUGGUCGACGUUUGCGUGGAUUAUAUUACUAAAUACAAAUUGGAAUGGCAAUGAAAACUUUAUAAAUGUAUUUAUUUAAUAAAUCUCUAAAUAUGUAUGUACAUAAA